UUUUCAGUUUCAGCAGUUUUGCGAGUCUAUCAGUGAGUGGAGGACGUCAAUGUUUACCUACAUGUAAAAAACCUGUUGCUAUUCCCAUGUGAAAUAAAGUUUUCGAAAUGUAGACUACGAUCUUUUCGCGAAUUAUGUGUUGUUUUCAGUUAAGUGUUUAUUUUUGUGUUAUUGUCGUGUAACCAUGGGAUUAACAAUGUCAAAACAAGAGACUUCGGCCCCUGAGGCCGAUAGUGUAAUAUCUUCGAAGUUACAUGGAAGACAAGCUAGUAUCAGGCAAAGUGCUAUCAAAGCGAAAGCUAAACAACCCAUGCCAGACCCCGCUGAACUCGAAAGAAGAUUCACAAAAGUUUUGGCUUCCAUGGACUUACCUCCAGACAAAGCAAAACUACUCAAAAGCUACGACUACGAAAAAAAGUGGGAUAUUAUCUGUGAUCAGGAAAUGGUUCAAGCCAAGGACCCUCCUUCUUAUUAUUUAAAUAAAUUACGCACAUAUCUUGAUCCUAAGGCAUCUCGAAGUCAUAGGAAACGAAAAAUGGUUGUGGAUUCAACUUCAACGCAAGUUCUUAGAGAUUUAGAAAUUUCGUUACGUACAAAUCAUAUAGAAUGGGUAAGAGAAUUUUUAAACGAAGAAAAUCUCGGCUUGGACGUAUUAAUCGACUACCUCAGCUUCCGACUUGGCAUGAUGCGACAUGAACAAAGGAUAGCAGAAUCUAGAACGGGUUCCGAAGAGAAGCUUAGUACGGGAGGCCAGAACACUCUGAACAAUACUCAAACGACAUUAGAAAAAAAUAACGGCUACAUCAGAGCUCCUUUGGAUAUUCAGGAGAGCCCCAACGUAAAAAGGCGAUCGAAGCAUGUUGCAAAACUUAAUAUGGGUGACUCCAAAGAUGAUAUUCACGUUUGCAUCAUGUGCAUGAGGGCCAUUAUGAACAAUAAGUAUGGUUUCAACAUGGUUAUCCAACAUCGAGAAGCCAUCAAUUGCAUAUCAUUAAGUCUUAUUCACAAAAGUUUACGUACUAAAGCCUUAGUUUUAGAGCUCCUAGCUGCCAUUUGUCUUGUAAAGGGUGGUCACGAGAUAAUCCUAUCCGCGUUCGAUAAUUUUAAAGAAGUUUGCCAUGAGAGAUACAGGUUUCAAACUCUUAUGGAUUACUUUUUGAACUUCGAGGCCUUCCACAUCGAAUUUAUGGUGGCGUGUAUGCAAUUUGUAAAUAUUAUAGUACAUUCGGUAGAAGACAUGAAUUUCAGGGUCCAUCUCCAAUAUGAAUUUACUGCCUUAGGACUUGAUAAUUAUCUCGAAAAGUUGCGGUUCACCGAAAGCGAAGAAUUGCAGGUUCAAAUCUCCGCUUUUUUGGACAACGUUUUUGAUGUUGCUGCCCUGAUGGAAGACAGUGAAACCAAAACAGCCGCACUAGAAAAAGUUGGCGAAUUAGAAGACGAAGUGGCUCAGUUACACGAGCGGCUUCAAGAUAUUGAACAUAGGGCCUUAGAAAACAUUGCUAGUCUGGAAACAGAAUUGAUUCAAGUGAGGCAAGAGAGAGACGAACUAGUCGAAGUGAAAAAGAAAGCGGAUGAAGAAGUGUCGACACUUAGGAGGGUGGUACAACAUCAUGAACAAGAAUCGAAGAAUAGACAGUCGAUGUUUGAAUCCAAAAUGGCAGAGCUUGAAACUAUGGGCAGUAUACCUAGGGGUACAUCAAUGCCUGGCAUCGCCGAUCUUGCCAAACAGCAAUCACAAGAGCCUGCAAAGGUUCCUGUUCCUCCACCUUGUCCACCCCCAUGUCCACCUCCCGCUGCUCCUGCUGCUCCACCACCACCACCAUGUCCGCCCCCGCCACCGUUAAGAUCCGGAGGAGGUCCCAAUAUUCCGCCACCACCUGCUGGUUUUAUGCAGGCUCCGGAUGGAGCGAUGACCAUCAAAAGGAAAGUUCAGACCAAAUACAAGCUACCGACUAUCAAUUGGAUAGCCCUGAAACCAAAUCAAGUCAGAGGGACAAUAUUUAAUGAAUUGGAUGAUGAUAAACUCCAUGCUUGUAUUGACUUUAAUGACUUUGAGGAGAGAUUUAAGAUUGGUAGUACAAAUAUUAUGUCGAACGGUAUAAAUGAAACCGAUGGACUACAAACAUUCCCCAGUAAGAGAGGAAAAAAACCAGAACAUAUCACUUUAUUAGAACACACUAGGUUAAGGAAUAUAGCAAUAUCUAGGCGAAAACUGGAAAUGACACCUGACAAAGUAAUAAACGCAAUAAAUAUGCUGGAUCUGAAACAGCUCUCCUUAGAAAAUGUAGAACUUCUUCAAAGGAUGGUGCCUACCGAACAAGAAACUAAAGCGUAUAGAGAGUAUCAGUUCGAAAAGAAGAACGUGAAUAUGUUAACAGAUGAAGAUAAAUUCUUGCUUCAAUUGACGAAAGUCGAAAGGAUAUCAGCGAAACUGUCUAUUAUGAGUUACAUAGGCAACUUUUUUGAUAAUAUACAUCUUGUUACACCUCAAAUGCAUGCAAUAAUAUCGGGCUCGAAUUCGGUGAAAAACUCGAAGAAACUCAGAUCUGUGUUAGAAAUAAUCCUUGCCUUUGGCAACUACUUAAAUAGUAGUAAACGUGGACCAGCUUAUGGUUUCAAACUCCAAUCUUUGGAUACUUUGUUAGAUACCAAGUCGACUGAUAAACGCUUGUGCCUUUUACAUUACAUUGUUGCCACCAUACGGCAGAAAUUCCCGGAAUUGCUGAAUUUCGAUAGCGAGCUUCAUUAUAUAGAGAAAGCCGCAGUAGUUUCUCUGGAAAACAUAAACACAGAUGUCACUGAAUUGGAAAAGGGCAUGGAAGCUGUUCGAAAAGAAGCAGAAAUUCGGGGUAGAGGUAGUCAUAGUCUAGUCGUUAGAGAUUUCCUUGCCAAUGCAGAAGACAAACUCAGAAGACUGAAGAGCGACGCCAAAAUGGCGCAGGAGGCUUUCAGGGAAUGUGUCGAAUAUUUCGCAGAAUCUCCGAGAACAACGGAUGCAAAUACUUUCUUUUCGUUGUUGGUGAGAUUUGUCAAAGCAUUCAAGACAACGGAUCAAGAAAACGAGCAGAGACGGCGUUUGGAAUUAGCUGCGCAGAAUGCCAACAACAAAACAAACGAAGAUGUUCAAAAGAGGAAUAAAAUCAAUCAGAAAAAGCAGCAGGAGGCUGUGAUAAAUGAACUAAAAACAAAAACGAGGAUGGUACAAGAAAAGAAAUUACUUCAACAAGACGAAGUCUACAACGGGGCCUUGGAGGACAUCUUAUUAGGAUUAAAGAGCGAACCGUACAGAAGAGCAGAUGCCGUAAGACGGAGUCAAAGGAGAAGGAUAGAUAAUAAUCGAUUGUCUAAAACUUUGGAGGAGAUGGAAGUGUAAAUAUUGUUUGUUUAGGUUUUAAGUUAUUUUUUGAAGUUCACCAAGUAAAAAAAAUGUAAAAUCUACGACUGUUACGUAAAAGUAUAUGUAUAUCAAAAUUGCUUGUCACUGCAUUUAUAUGAGUUUAAUUGUAAAUUUUAUUAUUUAGCUUUAGAAAAAUAUAUCACUAAGGCCCGGUUUCACCAACAACAAAUAAAUCGUUGAACAGUUAUUUGUCAAAUAAAAUUUAUUAGUUGAUUAUGUUUUUAUUGUGUUUCAAUACCAUUUUGAUAACUUAAAGUUAAACUGACGAUUUUUUUUUAGUUAUAGAUAUUUAAAACGAUGUUAACUUGCCAAUUUACUCGAAGAAUAAAUAUUUAGUUGAAAAAUAAAUAAAAUAAGUCUGAUUUGACGUUAGUGAAACGUAGAUCAGUUUUAUUGAUCGAAUAACUUUUACUCAUAGGAUAUAUUAUUUGUCGUUGGUGAAACCAUUAGACAUAAACAUUAUUACAAGAAUUUAUUCCUUGCCCUACCAUACUGCCCUAUUUCCCUAAAAUUGAAGAACUGUUGUCUCUAAGGGUAACCGGUCAAUUGCUCGAAUGCAAUUGCUCGAGUGCAAUUGCUCGAAAAUCAAUUGCUCGACAUGAAAAUUGCUCGAAUAAAAAAGAAAAUUAUAUAUCUAAAAUAUUUAUUCAAAAUAAUACAAAAUAUAGACAUAAGAAAGAUUCUUGAAUUAGGACAAAUAAUUAUGUGAUAUGUCACAUAUAUAAUAGUAUAUUAAUUUAUGCUGAAAAAGUAUUUAUUACAAAUCUAAACUAUCUUUGAACUUUUAAAAUAAUAAGAAAAAUAACGGUUUUGAUUUUCUCUCAUUAUGAUAAUUAGGUAUUAGGGAAAGAUUAAACAUUAAAUACCCAUUAACAUGCUUACCCAUUACCAAUGUUUCUUUAUUGGGUAUGUAUUGGAUUUUUGUGGAAAUUUUGUGGAUUAUUGUGAAUAAAUAUUUUAGAUAUAUACUUCUCUUUUUUUAUUUUAGAUUAUAAUUUAAAUACUUGUUGUUGUGAUCUGACGAUCUUUCAGUUUCGUUGCUAGAGUAUUUCUUGAGAGAUGAGCUGCCAGCUAUCUCUCCAUGUCUCUGAUGAUCUCCCGAUGAUCGUUUGUUAGCUGGUUUUCCUUCUAGCGCAAUUGUUGGUAGCAUGUGCUCCCCCAUCCUUCCCAUUUAUAUGAUCGUACUCUCUUCUGUCUUAAUCAACCCCAUCUCACUAUAUCUUGUACUCUGCAUUGUUCCCUGAUGAUGUUGUUCCUUAGUUUGUCUCUUCUUAUUUUUUCUGAUACUAAUGUUAGUACCUUCAUUUCGGCUGCACGUAGCAUACGUUUGAUUUUAUUGUUGCCUUCCCGUGAUUCUAUUCCAUAUGUUAUUACGGGUCUCAUCUAGGUGAUGAGUCCAUAGGUUAUUACGGGUUGUCUAAAUUUUAAUCCGGUAAACAUAUUUUUCGGA